AUGGGGUGCACUGCUGGCAAGGAGAGCGCUUCGAUUCCUGGCGAGGAGGUUCCAAUACUUCGGGCGAAGGAAGUGGCCUUCAGGGGAGUGGUCCAGAUCCAGUGGGCAAACGGGGAGGAGGAGGAUCAGCCGAUGUCCGUCCAUCCAGAGCUCAGCCUGCAACUCUUCCUAGCGAUGGUGGAACAGAAUGCCACUGUCAUUCAAAGCCGGGUCGCUCAAAAGCGAAGAAGAGAUUUUGGAGGCCAAACGCUGCUGACUUUUGACCAGCAAAAACGAGUUCAUCAUACAGCAAUCAGCAAUCAGUGA